GCUCCAGCUCCUCCUGGGCCUUGCUUUAUGAUGAAAGAUGAAAUUGCUUCCGCAGUCUUCUUCAUCACAAAGCUGGUGAGGAAGAAGGAGAAGCUGAGCAAGCACAAGUUGGAUAAAUUYGCGGCCAAGCUGAGCGCGAUUCUGUUUGAAAAGUACAAAAAUCACUGGUACCCCGAAAAUCCCUGCCGAGGACACGCUUUCAGGUGUAUCAGGGUGAACAGGCAGGCCAGGGAGCCCCUGCUGGAGCAGGCUUGUGCUGAGAGCGGCGUGGAGCUCACCGAGCUGAGCCUGCCCGAGGAGCUGACGCUGUGGGUGGAUCCCUUCGAGGUGUCCUGCAGGUACGGUGAGAACAGCCAGCCCUUCUCCGUGGCGCGCUUCGGGGGCAAGGAGAGCGCGGAGCUGGCGCAGCAGAUCAGCGUGGCCGUGGGCAUGGCAGCCCUGGACUGUCCCUCRGGAGCAUCCUCGGACGAGGAGAGCUCCAACCACGAGCCCCGGGCCAUCCCCACCGUCAGCAACCCCAACAGUGUGUACCAGUUUGGUGAUUUCUACCGGGCUCCUGCCCAGCCCUGGUCCCAGCACCUGCUCAGGAACCCCUACGUGGCUGAGGGUCCCCACCAUGGCCAGCACCGGGGCUACCGGAUCCACCGAGCCACGGCCACCGCCCUGGGCCCCCGGCUCGACAGGUACCACUGGGUCAACACCAAAAAGUARAGCUGGGGCUCGGCCAUCUGCUGGUGGGGCCUUGAAGGAUCUUCAAAAGAUUUGUGGUGGAAAUACAACAUGUGGGGGAAGAUAAAAACAUACCUCAAGCUGAUCUGA